AUGGAGACGGUGAUGUGGUGUGACAACAUGUCUCACUCCUCACUCUCCCACAACAUGCAUAUAUACUGUACACAUCUAUACGCCGGGCGAGCAUCACCCCACUCUGGGUCCGACAGUGACAGUGACAGUGACAAUGACAUUAACACCGACAAUACCAAUACCACAGCUCGCUAA